AUGGCGAGUGGUAUUGAGGUUGCAGGGCUUACAUUGGCUGUAAUUCCUCUUCUGGUGAAUCAAAUCGACGGUUAUGCCCGAGGUAUCGAAAAGAUACGGCUCAUGAGAAACUAUCACAGAGAGCUUUUGACAUAUCAUACGGGUCUCAACACACAGUAUGCCAUUCUUCAAUGCACAUUGGAGGACGUGCUCGAGAAUGUCGUGGAUGAUGAAGAGGAAGUUGACGGUCUCAUUCAAAAUCCACAAGGUGCUGGGUGGAAAGACCCAAGAUUACAAAAGGCACUGCAACGCAAGCUUGGACGAAACUAUGCACCGUUUCUCGGAAACAUGAACUCCUUGUUUGAGCUAUUGGAGCGGCUCUCAAGAAAAUUAGAGUUGCCGACUAAUAGCUCUACUAAUUUCCGUUCUUUUUGGAAAUUCUGGAAAAUCCUUUCAAGGGCGGUAUAUGACGACCUACUGGAGAGAAUUGAAGCCGCAAAUACUAUACUUAAAACAUUGAUCGAUCAAGCAAAUCACCAGGAGAGAAGACAACGACAAAAACCCUGGAACGGUCUUCUAAGGAGAUACGAACUCGAGCGAAAGCACAUAGAAUCUUUGUUUCAAACAGUCGGUAGUUCCUGUUGGCAAUGUCACUGCCGGGAACAUCAUUGCGUCCAUCUCCACCUCAAGCCCUACCUAGCCGAUAGUCGCAAGGGCCGCUCCUGGGCCGCUUCUUCGUGCUUUGAUUUCACUUUCUCCAACAUCCAUACCAUCAGCCAGCCAGGUGUAUGGGAUUGGAGAGAUGUCACGCUCGAGCCACAGGUAAUUGACGGCUGGUGGGAAACUAGGAGCACGCGGGAUUCGACGCCUACUUUGGCUGAGAAGGCACGCCGGCAUCAAAUCCCAGACCUUUGCUCAUCACUCCAAGACUUCGAGCCACUUUGUCAGAUAAAAAGCACGAUCGGAUUCAUUUCGGCAAACUCCAACUCAAGGUAUCGAUAUAUUAUGCACGCAGUAGAACGCUUGGAACGGGAUUCCUUGAAACAAACUUUGCGCGAAACUUUGACCUCCUUGAGUCGCCGUGACCGACUAUAUAUUGCUGCCACAAUUGCCUACUCUGUCCUGCAGUAUCAUGGAAAUUGGCUGGAGGGUCAAUGGGACAGCUCCAAUUUCCGCUUAGCCACCAAAAGUUUGAAUAGUCUAUACCUCUCGUCGCCUAUAUCUACCCCCGGCAAUCUGAAAGGCUCACCUACACUUUCUAGCUCGGAAAAACGAGAGUCUGUCUUGCAAUCCCUUGGAGUCAGCCUUGUGGAACUCUCGCUUGGCCGGCCCCUUGAUGUAUUACUCUCCUCAAAAGACGAAAGUCAAGAUGGCAAAAAGACGAUUAUUGACUCUGCGUUGAGGCUUACCAAAGAGGUACGCCUAGAAAGUGGCUGGCACUAUGCAAGUGUUGUGGACAGUUGUCUUUCCUGGUCUGGUGUGAGUACUAUCUGCCAGGAAAGCCAUAGCUUCGAGGAGCGAAUUUUUGAUAAAAUUGUCUCUCCUUUACUGAAGGAUGUGAUGAUCUUUGAUGGAAUGGCUUGA